UGAAGUCAUGAGGCCGCUCCGCUCACAGCCCUCAUGUGAGUCAUAUGAAAGCUCCAGCAUUGCUGACCUCUGGCAAAAAGGGAGCGAACGAGGACAGGAGAAGCAGAGGGGAAGAGGUUCAAGUGCGGGUUUUCUCCUUGAACCUAGAAGAUUAUGGGUCAAGAGCUGUGUACAAAGACUCUCCAGCCUGGAUGCAGCUGCCAUCGCUGUUGGGAGGGAGGCGAUGCACACAGCUGUCAGAGGACUGCGCCUGUGCCGGCGGAGGCUGCGAUCGAGCUAACAGACCUAAAAGAAGCAUCAUGUUCCAUGACUUCAUUUCACCCCAGGGGACUUCAGGCGGUCCGUGCCCGGAAGUACAAGAGUAAAAGGCCACGGAGUAACAGUGAUUCUUUUCAGGAAGAGGAUCUGAGGCAGGGUUUUCAGUGGCAAAGGAAGAACCUCCCUUUUGGGACAGCCUCAUCUUACUUGAACUUGGAGAAACUGGGUGAAGGUUCUUAUGCCACAGUUUACAAGGGGAUUAGCAGGAUAAAUGGACAACUAGUGGCUCUAAAAGUCAUUAGCAUGAAUGAAGAGGAAGGAGUCCCAUUUACAGCUAUUCGGGAAGCUUCUCUCCUGAAGGGUUUGAAACAUGCCAAUAUUGUGCUCCUGCACGACAUAAUCCAUACCAAAGAGACACUGACAUUUGUUUUUGAAUACAUGCACACAGACCUGGCCCAGUACAUGUCUCAGCACCCAGGAGGGCUUCAUCCUCACAAUGUCAGGCUUUUCAUGUUUCAACUUUUGCGGGGCCUGGCAUACAUCCACCACCAACACGUUCUUCACAGGGACCUGAAACCUCAGAACUUACUCAUCAGUCACCUGGGAGAGCUCAAACUGGCUGAUUUUGGUCUUGCUCGGGCAAAGUCUAUUCCCAGCCAGACAUACUCUUCAGAAGUUGUGACCCUCUGGUACCGCCCUCCUGAUGCCUUGCUGGGAGCCACUGAAUAUUCCUCUGAACUGGACAUAUGGGGUGCAGGCUGCAUCUUUAUUGAAAUGCUCCAGGGCCAACCUUUGUUUCCUGGGGUUUCCAACAUCCUUGAACAACUGGAGAAGAUCUGGGAGGUGUUAGGAGUCCCUACAGAGGAUACCUGGCCUGGAGUUUCCAAGCUACCUAACUACAAUCCAGAAUGGUUCUCACUUCCUAAGCCUCAAAGUCUUCAGAACAUCUGGAACAGGUUGGGCAGGGUUCCUGAAGCUGAAGAUCUGGCUUCCCAAAUGCUGAAAGGCUUUCCUAGAGACCGAGUUUCCGCCCAGGAAGCACUGGUUCAUGACUAUUUCAGUGCCCUGCCUUCUCAGCUGCACCAGCUUCCUGAUGAGGAGUCUUUGUUUACAGUUUCAGGAGUGAGGCUAAAGCCAGAAAUGUGUGACCUUUUGGUCUCCUACCGGAAAGGUCACCUCCCAACCCAGUUUAGCAAAUGCUGGUGAAAGAGAGGGCGACAUCACCAAUAUCCUUUCAGGGCCACAUUACUACUGUUUCCGUUUUAAUUUGCUUUGCCUUACUAAGAAGCUUCAAACCUAACUCCACCAUGGACCAGGGUUUUCAUACCAUCACCUGGGAUCUGGAAUAUUGUAAAUAUGAUGUCCAAGGCAACAGACAUGAUACUUGAAGAAAAAGCAAUGAAUGGUUAUUGCUCUUGUCAUACACCCAGAAUUUAACAGUGAUUAGCUCAAAAAUUAGACACAGACUUAAAGAGUCUAAGAAGAGGAUUUAUGAAUAAUUUCAUCUGUUUUGUUAUUUGAUAAAGAGAUCCCUAGGCCAGAAGGACUACAGGACAGAUGAAAGGCUAACAAUUAAAAGAAUCUGGAGACUGAGCGGGUGCUUACAGAGGCCUGUCCCUCCUGCGUUCACUUACAAUUUCCCCCCAACAAAAAGACUUCUGUGGCAAGGAGAGGAUUAGUCUAAAGUUUAGAAAAGUCUCAGAGAAGAUGGUUUCUUGGAUAAAGUUGUCAACAAAAGGA